GUGGAGAAGCAGAUCCAGGAUCUACUAGAGAAGCAGACACGGCUGCGAGAACGUAAAACGGCGCUGGAAACAUCCAGAGCUGACGCUCGCAAAUCCGCGGUACCUGCGAUCCUGAAGGACGAUGCUAACGUCGGAGCUGUCGUGCUGCACGCGGGGGUGAAUGACGUCAGGAUGAGGCAGUCGGAGAUCCUGAAGAGGGACUUCAGGAGUCUGAUCGAGACGGUAAGCAACGCAUCGCCCACGGCGAGGAUCAACGUAUCAGGGCCGCUUCCUACCUACCGACGAGGGAAUGAAAAGUUCAGUAGACUAUUUGCUCUAAAUAAAUGGUUGAUGUCAUGGUGUAUUGAACAGAAGCUGCUCUUUGUUAAUAAUUUUGAUCUGUUCUGGGAGCGACCUAGGCUCUUCCUGUCAUGGCUCUGCUUCAUUUAGUCAUGUUUUCUUGGUCCUGUAGCAGAGCCAUGACAAAGUCUUUGGUUAGGUGUGGAGAGAAACAUAUUAUUGUUCUUUUGACAAUAAUAUGCGUUCUCUCCAGUGUCUUGUCAUUGGCCCCACUCCUCUCGUUUCCUUGUUAUCUUUCCCUGAGUGUUUGAUGUUCCACACCUGUCCUUGCUCGUUAUCCCUCGUUUGUCUUCCCCUAUAUAUACCCUCAUGUUUCUUUGUCUUGUGCUGUUGGAUUGUUCAAUAUUACGUGUUGUGUAUGCAGUUCGUCGUGUUGGUUCUACGUCCUCUGUCUGUGGUUCCCGUGAGUUUCUCGUCCUGUUCCUGCCUGUCUUGCCUGUUAGUCUUCGUGUUAUUUAGUUCUCGUUUUUUCCCCCUUGAGGGAUGUUUUUGUGUUUAUCUUUUAUACAGUACAUUCUUAGUUCAGUUUUCCCCGUCGUGGGUGUUUUGAUUUGGUACCUUUGUUAUUUGUAAAUAAAGUAUUCUUGUUAACCCCGUCAUUGCCAUUGCCUGCCUGCAUUUGGGUUCUCUUGCACCUCAUCCGUGACAGAAUCCAACAGCCACUACGAACCCAGUAGGCAGCAUGGGCACGAGACGGUCCCACCAGGCUCGCCUCCUCUGCGGCAUUCGUCAGGGGAACGAUGACAUCGAGGACUAUCUGUAUAGGUUCCUGGAUGCCGCAGAGGAGGAUGUCUUCGGGGAGGAGGAGGUGGCGGUGCUUUUUAACGCCGGUCUCAGGGACCCCCUGUCGCGGGCGGAGAUGCGGUCGUUGAGACCGCUGGACUUCGAUGUCGUGUGGCGGUACGUCAUGAACCGACCGGAGUCCAGGGUCUCAACACGUCACUACCACCCAUCUCCGCUAGCCGCCAUACAGGAGGGUCAGACCCUGCAGAUCGGGGUUUUAGGCAUUGCCACACCGCUCUCCUCAACCCCUGCAGCCUCGCCACCAGUAAGCCUAGGUGGCAAGCGGGGGAGACGUGAGUCCUGGGGACCCACCUCCGAGGAGUCCCAGCCGGAGCCAGCCGUUCCGUAUACCUCCUUCCAUCACCCGACCACCAGCCAGGUGGCUAGGCGGAAGAAGAAGAGGCAACGGCGGGCAGCGUGGACUCCUACCCGGCCAGUGCAGCCGGCAUCCAGUCCGGUGCAGCCGGCGUCCAGUCCGGUGCAGUCGGCGUCCAGUCCGGUGGUGCAGUCGGCGUCCAGUCCGGUGGUGCAGCCGGUGUCCAGUCCGGUGGUGCUGCCGAUGUCCAGUCCGGUGCAGCCGGUGUCCAGUCCUGUGUCCAGUCCUGUGUCCAGUCCUGUGUCCAAGUCUUUUGUGUAG